AUGUGCUUGACCUUGAAUCGAGCAAGCAGUCCUCAAGUUAAUAAACUAACAGGGCAGACAAGGAGAAAAAAAGAUGAAAAUGCUACUGAUAAUGAAAAUGAGAAAAGAAAACGAUCAGUGUCAAAAGAAGAACAGGGUUCUGGAGCAAGAAGAUCUACAAAGAAGACCAAAGAUGGCAGAGUGGUAGAUACCUUUUGCUGGAAAUGUCACAAACAAGGAUAUGAUAAAAUAUGUUCAACUUGUCCCAGAGUUUACCAUAAUACCUGCUUAAUUAAAGCUGGUAAAUUCACUGAACAAGAUGUUUGUCCUGAAUGCCAAUUACCAAGUGUGGAUGGGACAAAGCCUUCUGAAGGUUUAACUGCAGAUAUGAUGGACAAAGUAUUAGUGUGUCUAAUACGACGGCUAUUGCCUGCCACAACAUCAAAAUCAUUUGGUAUUAAUACUCAGUCAAAGGGGAGAUUCAGCAAGCUGAAUGACAAAGUACCUACAAAGCUGCCAGAACUCAUGAAGUGGCCACAACAAAAGUAUAAAACAUGUAAACCUGUGGAUCUAGGACUGCUAAUAGAAGCUAUUAAAAAUGGUGGUUCCUACUCCAGAACUGUAGAAUUAUUUUCUGAUGUGCAGUGGAUUUACCACAAUUCUUACAAAUUCUUUGGAGCUCAGUCUGAAAUCACAAAAGCAGCUAAUAAAAUAGUGAAAGCUGUGAAGAAUGAACUUCUGGAUAUAGAAGCUUGCUACGAGUGCUACUAUAGGAAUUAUAAUGAGAUUGAGGCCUAUGAUUGUGACCCAUUUUCGAUGAUAUGUACUGACCCUCAUGUACUAAUAUGGGCAAAAUUAAAAGGUCAUCCUUUUUGGCCAUCUAAGUGUUUAAAAGUUAUCGAUGGUAAGGCGCAAAUCCAGUUUUUCGGAACACAUGACAAGAACUGCGUUGAAGCUAAUACCUGCUAUUUGCUGUCUAGAAACCAUCCAAAUCCUAAAUAUGUUGGACAAAAGACAUAUUAUUCUUCCAUUACUGACUUAGAUUUUUAUACCCAAAACUAUGCACGAAAGUAUGGACCAUAUUGUUAUGCUGAGGAUAAAGUACAAUUUCUUCCAACUGAUAAAUGGCAUUGGGUAAAGGAAAAGCCUCAGUUUCAGUCACCCUCUCCAAAACGAAAACAUGUUAGAAAAUCUACCCAUGGAAAAAGAGCUACUGUAAAUGGAGAGACUGAUCAUAAUACUGGAGGUGAUUCUGGAAUGAAUAUUGUUAUAUCAUCCAUAAGAGGAAUUUCCAAUGAAGAUGCAUUUCAGGAUAACUGUGAACCACAAACUGCUCCAAAUUCUGAUCAAAAUGAAAGUUUUUGCAAUUAUCAAACUGUUGGUAAUUCAUGGUCAUCUUACCCUUGGCAUAUUGUGUCUAAUUCCAUAUCAUAUAGUCCUUGGGUGUCUCUUCAUCGUCUUGAUGAUUCCGUAACAUUGCAAUAUCAGCAGAAAAUGAAUUAUCAAGCCAAUCCAUCGAUAAAAUUUUCAACUUCUCAGCCAGUCAUUGCUAAUUUGCAGUCUUGCAGUGGAGCAAGAGGCAAUGUUCGCAAGUCAGUGGGUACGCUAGAACAAUCCCAUGAGGAACUAAGUGAUCAACCAGCAUGUAGUUCAGGACUACAGAGCAAUGUGCAAAGUCAUCCAGAAUCAUUUACACUGCCAACUUCAUGUGGAAGAAGGCAAACACUCACUAAUUCUGAGCGCAUCAAUGACAUUUCAGGAUUUUCAUCCAAUGUGAAUGAAAAUUCUGCUGACGAACCAUUUAGUGCGAGGAGUGCCAAUGACUUCUUCGGAAAUGAGGUGGAAAGUAUAAAAGAAUUAUUGGGCUUAAAAGGAAAUAUUGAGACGACGGAUCCAGAAAUAUGUAAAAUGCUUUUAGAAGGUGGACGUUACAUUAAACAGUCAAGCGAUCAAAUUCUACAGUAUUUUACAAGCUAUGCUAAUGGCCAUAAAAUUAUUUGUUCAUUCUUGAAGAAGAUAAAAAGCAUUGAUUCUGACAUAAGGGAUUUAGAAAGGGAAAAAGAAGAACUAAGGGAAAAAGCAAGUGAAUGGUUUAAUCCUACAUAUGCACAAAUCAUUAGAGGAACAAGGAAGAUGGCAGAAGACAAAACAGCAGAAAAAUUUAACAGAGAGAAAAAACGUUUGGAUACAGAAAUAAAAAAUUUGCAAAAUGUGCUACUGUUUCACAAUAAAGAGCAUUCAAAUUAUAUUAGAACUUUAAAUAAAAAUCUCAGAAGCACGAAGACUAACACUGAUGGGCUUACGAAAGAAAAUUGUAAAAAAUAUGAAGAAAAAGCAAUCUUAGAACGAAUAAAACUAGAACAAGAAUAUAAUGAUAAAAUUUUAGAAAUUAAAUCUCAAGUGUGGUGUAAAAGAUGCCUAGAGGUUGGAAAAAUCUAUUGCUGCUGGAAUACAUACUAUUGUACUGAAGACUGUAGGAUUAAACAUCGUGCAGUUCACCAGCCUUUAUGCCGUGAUAAAAAGAAAUUACUUUCGGGGCAUUCUGUAACGAUUGAAGAAAUAACAGAUUCAGAGGCUUGUGAAGCUAGCACAUCAACCUUUCCGGUGCCCGUGAUUGAAGAAGAUUAGUGUUUUGUUUCUAAGCUGUUUAUUUGUUAAAAACUUUUUGCUUACAAAUCCUUUAUUUUUGUAAUCAAUUAUUUCCAAAUCUUACAUUUGUUUUUGUUUUUUCAUCUGUGUGUUAUAAAGUUUUCUCUUCAUGCAUAUUUGUAUUGGGAACUGUGCAAGUUUUGUUAUGUUCUCUUCAUAGUGGGGAAAUUUGAAGUCUCAUUUUUGAUUUAAAAAAAAAAACUAGAUCAAUCAUGUGCAGACAUAUUUUUAAAUAAAACAAGU